CGCUGCGUUUCAUUGCGCAGGCGCCCGCGAGGGCGUGGGCGCCGGCGUGGCCCCCAUGGAGUUACCUUAGCGGAGCCGGCAGCCCUAGGAGAUUCCGGGAUGAGCGCGGCGGAGGUCGACCGCUGGGCGUGGCUGCUGGUGCUCAGCUUCGUGUUUGGGUGCAAUGUCCUCAGGAUUCUCCUCCCGUCCUUCUCCUCCUUCAUGUCCAGGGUGCUGCAGAAGGACGCCGAGCAGGAGUCGCAGAUGAGAGCGGAGAUCCAGGGUAUGAAGCAAGAACUCUCCACCGUCAACAUGAUGGACGAAUUCGCCAGAUAUGCCAGGCUGGAGAGAAAGAUCAACAAGAUGACGGAUAAGCUUAAAACUCACGUGAAAGCUCGGACAGCCCAGUUGGCCAAGAUAAAAUGGGUUAUAAGUGUUGCCUUCUAUGUAUUGCAAGCUGCCCUGAUGGUGUCGCUCAUUUGGAAAUACUACUCCGUCCCUGUGGCCGUGGUACCGAGUAAAUGGAUAGCUCCACUAGACCGCCUGGUAGCAUUUCCUACCAGAGUAGCAGAUAAUAAACAUCGUACUGGAUUCACGAGAUACAGAAAGGGAUACAAUGAAAAGUAGAUCUAUCUUCUGACCGGUUAGUGUCCUGUCAGCCCACUUUCUGUUUCCCGUCAGUACCAGUUUCUUACAACUCUCCCAACGAUACCCCGUGUGUAUAUGAAUAUUGAUGGAUACGUUUUUAAAAUAAUUUUUUUAAAUUAUAAAAGUAAUACCUAGGGGUGACUGGGUGGCUCAGUCGGUUGAGCGACCGACUUCAGCUCAGGUCAUGAUCUCACGGUUUGUGAGUUCGAGGCCCCCAUCGGGCUCUGUGCUGACAGCUCGGAGCCUGGAGCCUGCUUCAGAUUCUGUCUCCCUCUCUCUCUGCCCCUCCCCCACUCAUGCUUUGUCUGUCUCUGUCUCAGAGAUAAAUAAACAUUAAACAAAAAAGUAAUACCUAAAAAAAUAGUAAGUGCUCAUUUAAAAAGAAAAAAAAACGACUCUUCCAACGAUACCUGGUGUGUAUAUGAAUAUUGAUGGAUGUGUUUUUAAAAUAAUUUUUUUUUUAAUUAUAAAAGUAAUACCUAGGGGCGCCUGGGUGGCUCAGUCGGUUGAGCGACCGACUUCAGCUCAGCUCAUGAUCUCACAGCUUGUGAGUUUGAGAUCCAUGUUAGGCUCUGUGCUGACAGCUCAGAGCCUGGAGCCUGCUUCAGAUUCUGUGUCUCCCUCUCUCUCUGCCCCUCCCCUGCUCGCACUCUGUCUCUGUCUCUCUUUCUCUCUCAAAAAUAAAUAGUAAACAUUAAAAAAAAAAUUAAAAAAAAACAAACAACUCCUACUUGGAAGCAAGGAAACAAAGUCCAUGAUUGCACAGAGCGGGGAUUACUAAUAUUAACAUUUGAGCUUUUCUUUUUUUCUAUUUAUUUAUGGAUAGCUAUAGGUUUUGCAUUUCUAUUAAAAAAUACUGGAUACAGGGGCGCCUAGGUGGCUCAGUCGGUUAAGUGUCUGAUUCUUGAUUUCCGCUCAGGUCAUGAUCUUGAACACCUAAAGCUCUCUUUAUGGUCUGCUUUACAUUUAUGAUAAAUUAAGUGGAGCUCUUUACACAUAAACCCACCAACAUUUCCUUUUGGGGUUGAUACCCUUCUGUUGCCUGGAUGAGGGGUAGAAUCCUAGUCAACUAUUUCACUCUUCCUUGACCUGGCCGGAGUUUUAAAAUAAUCUGUGAGGAUGGGGCACCUGGAUGACUUGAGUUGGUUGGGCAUCCGACUUCAGCUCAGGUGAUGAUCCCGUGGUUCACAGGUUCAGGCCCCGAGUCGGGCUCUGUGCGGACAGCUCGGAGCCUGCAGCCUGCCUCGGAUUCUGUCUCCCUCUCUCUCUGCCCCUCCUCUACUCACCUCUGUCUCUUUCUUUCCCUCUCAAAAAUAAACAUUAAAACAAAACAAAACAAAAUUGUCUGUGGGGAUUUCUUGAGACCUGGGUUAAAGACAGGCUUUUCCAGACAGUUUGCAUUUCUACUGCCCUCUGUAGGUAAUCCAGUUUUCAGGCUUCCCGGGAGGUUGAGGGCAGACUGGCUACAGACUCUCAGAGUCUGAGACAAUUUCUCCAGGUCCUGGAGGCUGAAGGCCCUGGAUGUCCCAGCCUUCCGUCCCAUGGGUGGGGCUCCUGGCAGGCCCCUGCUUGGGUGGACAGACUUUGUCCCACUGGGUUUUGUCCUGGAGACUCAGUUCUCCAGUUGUGGCAACUGCCUUAGGCAAGAGCUGACGUCAGAGCUCUGUUUACCUGCCUCUCUGGGUACCUGCUUUCACUUCGUGUUUACCGGCUGUGCGACCUAGUUGAAAACUGAACACAUGUUCGUUAGAGCUGGUACAACAUUUUUAGCUUUCUUAAUGAGCAGGAAUGCUGGAGUUCCUUGUCUUCCAGACUACAGGAAGUGGCUCUCUUGUUUUUAUUAUAAAACCUUUUUUUCCUGUUGGUUAUAGAGUAUGUUCAUUGUCGAAAAUCAUAGGAAUAAAUUUAAAAGUUGACCACAAUUGGGGCACUGGGGUGAUUCUGUUAAGUGUCCGACUUCGGCUUAGGUCAUGAUCUCAUGGUUCGUGGGUUUGAGUCCCAUGUUGGGCUCUGUGCUGACAGCUCAGAGCCUGGAGCCUGCUUCGGAUUGUUUGUCUCUCUUUCUUUCUCUCUCUCUCUUUCUCUCUCUCUCUCUCUCUCUCUCUCUCUCUCUCUCUCUCUCUGCCCCUCCCCCGCUUGUGCUCUGUUUCUCUCAAAAGAAAAAAAAAAGUCAGCCACAAUUUUAUUUUUCAGAAAUAAAAAGUUAGCAUUUUAUUACCCUAUAACCAUUCCUAUGCAUAAUUUUAAAAAAUGUUUAUUUGUUUGUUUUGAGAGCGAGAGAGAGAGGAGGGGCAGGGCAGAGAGAGGGAGAGACAGAAUCCCAAGCAGGCUCCGGACUCUGAGCUGUCAGCACAGAGCCCAAUGUGGGGCUUGAAGUCAUGAACUGUGAGAUCAUGACCUAUGCUGAAGUCAAGAGUUGGACCCUUAACUGACUGGGCCACCCAGGUGCUCCCAUGCAUAAUUUUUUAAAAAGUUGAGAUGACCAGAAAGCAACAGUCCUGGAUUAUAUUUUUAUUAAGUAGUUCCCUACAGAAGCCCUUUCGGAUGGCUCUGAUUUAAUGUUUUGAUUUAUGCUUUUGUUGUGGGUAGGCAUAAGAAAAGACCCCUUGAAAACUUCUACAUCUGCUACAAGGCAAGUAGAUGUUAUAACAUGGAAUAUUACUCCGUACACCAUUUUUAAGGAUCCUUUUAGUAAAUUUCCCAGAAUUCAGGGCCAGGCAUUUAUGUCAAUUGACCUGCAUUUGCGAAUCUCCCCUUACAAGCCUGGGGGAGGGCUCAUUCUCCCUCUGCCUCCUGUUCUCCCCUUCCUACUCUGUUCCCCAGGGUAGCUUUCCUAACGGUCAAAUGCAUGGCAGUUACAAUAUUUAUCUCAUCUUUGGUUUUAAGAACAAUGGUUUUCCACCAUGGCUUUCACUUUCUUUUAAAAGUUUUGUUUUACUAUUCUCAAUUUUUUUAAGUGUUAUCACACUCUAACCCAAUACACCUCUUUGGAAAUAGCACGGUCUCCGUUAUCAAGAAGCGGCCCUUAAAAAUCACUGCAGGUAAGUAAGCUACUUAGCACUGGGAGUCCAGCCCCCAUCUUGUCCCCACAGGAGAUGCUGUCAGUAUCCUGAAUCUGUUAGGACAGAGCGGCUGGCUGGAGUGGACAAUGAUUAGGCCCAUAUGCUCUUUCAGAACAAGAUUAACAGAAUACAGGUCAAGGUGCGUGUAUGCAACCAGUAGAAAUAAAAAGAGUGAAUCUCAGGUGUACAUGAGGAAAGUCACCACAAGGCCUGGUUAACCGAAUAGGAGAGCACUCAAAAAUAAUUUUCAUGAAACCAAGCUUGGUAAUCACUGUGCCUUUUUUUUUUUUUUUUAAUAGAGUCUACUGAUCAUAUUGUUCCCUUUCACGGCUGCUUCCAUGUUUUUUAGUUAAAACCCAGCGUGAUUGCUGAGAACAUUGUUAUAUAUAUGAGACGUGUGUGUUCUUGGUGACUAACUUGGUCUUAUGAGCCAUCGAGGUCCGUAGAAUAUGAAAGCCAUGUAAUCAGUUUUCCAAAAGAUAAUGGACGUGUUUCAUUUGUAGGGAAAAAAAGAUACAAUUUUAUAUUUGAAAUGUUUUCAUUGGCUAAUCACAAUGGAUAUUUAUUUAUUUAUUUAUUUUUAAGUGUUUAUUUGAGAGAAAGGGCAGGAACAAGGAAGCGGCAGAGAAAGGGAGACAGAGAAUCCCAAGCAGGCUCUGCACUGUUAGUGAGAUGCCUGACGCAGGGCACGAACCCACAAACCAUGAGAUCAUGACCUGAGCCGAAAUCAGGAGUCAGACGCUUAACCAACUGAGCCACCCAGGUGCCCCUGGAUUUUUAGAAUUAGAUUAUA